ACUUGUUAAAUACUCUUUGCUUUGCUUUGUCACUUUUCCACCUAUUGCUAUUUUUUGCUCAACCUCAACCUCCCAUCCAUUGAAAGACACAGCUUCCUUCAAAAUGCCCUCUAACACUGACGAUUUAGUUCCUGAAGAUGCUCCAGGUUAUUAUGUGACCGAGAAGAAAACCUUGGAGGAGUACAACAAGUUGGAUGCUGAAGACGAAUCUUUGGUCAAGUGGAAGAAAUCCCUAGGUUUAGACACCUCUGCUUUGUUACCUGUCAACCCCAAUGAUAAUAGAAAGGUUGUGAUUUUAGAGAUGGCCUUGUUGGUUGAUGGUAAAGAACCUGUUGUUGUUGACUUGAGUGACGAGAGUGUUUUGAAGACGUUAUCCAAAAACCCUUUUAAGGUCGAAGAAAAGUCUAUCUAUAGGUUGAAAAUCAAAUUCAAGAUACAACAUGAAAUCGUCACUGGUAUCAAGUACUUGCAAGGCAUAAGAAAAGCUGGUAUUACCUUAGACAAGUUGGAAGAACCCUUAGGUUCUUAUGCCCCCAACACUGUUAACAAACCAUAUUACGAAGUUACUCUUCCUGAAAUGGAGGCUCCUUCCGGUAUGUUGGCUAGAGGCACUUAUGGUGCUGUAUCCAAGUUUGUUGAUGAUGACAAGCAGGUUCAUUUAUUGCUCAAUUGGGCUGUUGAAAUUGUUAAGGUUGGUAGAGCUUAAUUUGUCUGAAAUUUGCUUUUUUUUACUUCAUCCGUUAAUUAUCAACUAUCAAUUAUCAUUUGCUUAUCACUUUAUCUAUCUGUCAUCACUUCUCAGUUAUCACUUACAGUUAUUAGUUAUCACUUUCAAUUUCAGCCAUAAUAUAACAGUUACUAAUUCUCAUUCACUUUUUGUCCAUUUUCAUGAAAUUUUAUUUUAUUUUACUUUACUUUAUUUUAUUCUAUUUUAUUUUAUUUUAUUUUAUCUCGUUUUUGAUUAUUUUUUGAUCUUUUACCACUUUAUUUUAAUCACUUAUUUUCAUUUUUUGCCUUUUAC